UCCUGACUCAGUGGCCGCCUCGUGCUCUCAAGUUGAAGUCGUGGAAACAGGUGUCCCGCACCCCUUCUGCCCCUGGCGCGCGCUCGCACCGCCGCCCCCGAGCCCCUGGCGCGCGGCAACCCGGGCAUCAGCAGCAGCGGGGGACUCCUGCUGGUGCAUCUGGCUGCAAACAGGCGCCUCGGGGAGGGGGCCGGCUUUUUAACCCCCCCACACAUCGCAUUUCGACUCCAGCUCUGGAUUCAGGCUGCGGGAGAGCCUCGUCAUUUCCGCCGGGCUCCAGCUCUGCCCUGCGUGCGCGUGUGAGAGGGAGACAGAGCCGAGCGCGCGGCGACUGCAGGAGGGGAGCUCGCCCCAGCGGGUGCUAGAGCCGGCGUCCCGCGCGCGGCGCGGAGCAGAGCGCCGCAGAACGGAGCGUUCCAGCGCCGAACCUUCGCGCCCGCGGCGUUCGGAGCCGCUGAGCUGAGCGUUCCACAAGCGAACCUUCGCGCCUGCGGCUUUCCGAAGCGUUCGGAGGAGCCUGCAGCCGCCGCCGCGCCGCCUCCUCGUGGUCAGUGGGGGCGGGAGGCGUCGGAGCGUGCAGCAGCAGCAGCCUCCUCCUCCUUCCCCCAGCAACCGAGGCAGCAACAUGAACUGAGAUCCCGAGCAGAGGCAGAGCGAGCCUAGAGGCAGCGAGCAGCAGGGAGAGGGGAACCCAGCGCCGCGAUCUUCGCCGGGGGAAAAGCCUCGCGGAGGAGCCAAGCGGCCGCCGCCGCCGCCUGCGGACAGCGUCCCUAGCUGCCCUCCCCUCCACCCCCGCUCCCGAUCCCCCCUCCCCAGCUCCCCGGGGACCUGCUGCACCGCCUCGGCCAUGGCGCUCAUUAUGGAGCCCGUGAGCAAGUGGUCCCCGAGCCAGGUGGUGGACUGGAUGAAAGGUCUUGAUGACUGCCUGCAACAAUAUAUUAAGAACUUUGAGAGGGAGAAGAUUAGCGGGGACCAGCUGCUACGUAUUACUCACCAAGAAUUGGAAGAUCUGGGAGUCACCCGAAUUGGCCAUCAGGAACUUAUUCUGGAAGCAGUUGACUUGCUCUGUGCAUUGAAUUAUGGUUUGGAAACAGAAAAUCUAAAAACUCUUUCUCACAAGCUAAAUGCAUCUGCCAAGAAUCUGCAAAACUUCAUAACUGGAAGGAGGAGGAGUGGUCACUAUGAUGGCAGAAGCAGUAGAAAAUUACCAAAUGAUUUCCUGACAUCGGUGGUGGAUCUGAUAGGAGCGGCUAAAAGUCUGCUGGCUUGGCUGGACAGAUCACCUUUUGCUGCUGUGACAGACUAUUCAGUAACAAGAAAUAAUGUCAUACAGCUCUGUCUGGAAUUAACCACGAUUGUUCAACAGGAUUGCACAGUAUAUGAAACAGAGAAUAAAAUUCUUCAUGUGUGUAAAACACUUUCUGGCGUCUGUGACCACAUUAUCUCACUCUCCUCUGAUCCUCUGGUUUCCCAGUCUGCGCACCUUGAAGUGAUCCAGCUGACCAACAUCAAACCAAGUGAAGGGCUGGGUAUGUACAUUAAAUCAACAUAUGAUGGUCUCCAUGUAAUUACUGGAACAACAGAAAAUUCACCUGCAGAUCGGUGCAAGAAAAUCCAUGCUGGAGAUGAAGUGAUUCAAGUUAACCACCAAACUGUGGUGGGGUGGCAGUUGAAAAAUUUGGUGAAUGCACUACGAGAGGACCCGAGUGGUGUUAUCUUAACUUUGAAAAAGCGACCUCAGAGCAUGCUUACCUCAGCACCAGCUUUACUGAAAAAUAUGAGAUGGAAGCCCCUUGCUCUGCAGCCGCUUAUUCCUCGAAGCCCGACAAGCAGUGUUGCUACACCCUCCAGCACAAUCAGUACACCCACCAAAAGAGAUAGCUCUGCUCUCCAAGAACUCUACAUACCUCCUCCUCCAGUAGAACCUUACAUUCCCAGCCAUGCCACAUUGAGGUCUGACGAUAUUCCCAAACAGAAAACACCAUGGUUGUCAUCACAUAUGUGGCAUGAGGGAGAGGCUGCAGGUCUAGUACCUUCUGUGGAACAAUUACUUAAAAGGGAUGAAAAGGGAAAUCUUCCAUGUGAUGAUGUUGGCAGACACAUAGUGGGCAAGCCAGUUCAUACAGGAUCGGAAUCUCCUAAUUCAUUUCUUGACCAGGAAUAUCGGAAGCGUUUUAAUGUGGUUGAAGAAGACGCAGUCUUAUACUGCUAUGAAUAUGAGAAAGGAAGAACAAGUGGUCCUGGGAGGAGAGAGAGCACUCCAACAUAUGGCAAGCUAAGACCUAUUUCUAUGCCAGUGGAAUAUAAUUGGGUAGGGGACUAUGAAGAUCCCAAUAAAAUAAAGAGAGAUAGUAGGAGAGAAAAUUCAUUACUGCGUUACAUGAGCAAUGAGAAAAUAGGUCAAGAAGACUACAUGUUUCAAAGGAAUAGCAAAAAGGAUACAGGGAAAAAGUCCAAAAAGAAGGGGGAUAAAAGUAACAGUCCAAGCCAUUACUCCUUGCUACCUAGUUUGCAAAUGGAUUCAUUAAGACAAGACGUCAUGGGCACGCCUGGGCCAGACACUACACUGUACCAUACAUUUCAGCAAUCUUCUCUACAACAGAAAACUAAAAAGAAAAACAAAGCUCCCAUACCUGGUAAGAGCAAAAGGCGGAUUUCCUGUAAAGAUCUGGGCCGUGGGGAUUGUGAAGGCUGGCUUUGGAAAAAGAAAGAUGCCAAAAGUUAUUUUUCCCAGAAGUGGAAGAAAUAUUGGUUUGUUCUGAAGGAUACUUCUCUAUACUGGUAUAUCAAUGAGGAGGAUGAAAAAGCAGAAGGAUUCAUCAGCCUACCUGAAUUUAAAAUUGACAGAGCCAGUGAAUGCCGCAAGAAAUAUGCAUUCAAAGCCUGCCAUCCUAAGAUCAAAAGUUUUUAUUUUGCUGCUGAACAUCUGGAUGACAUGAACAGAUGGCUAAACAGAAUUAACAUGCUUGCUGCUGGCUAUGCAGAGAGAGAGAGGAUCAAACAGGAACAAGAUUACUGGAGUGAGAGCGACAAGGAAGAAGCAGAUACUCCAUCAACACCCAAACAAGACAGUCCACCGCCUCCAUAUGACACAUACCCACGACCUCCUUCUAUGAGUUGUGCAAGCCCUUACGUGGAACCAAAACACAGCCGGCUUUCAUCCACGGAAACUUCCCAAUCACAGUCUUCUCAUGAAGAGUUCCGUCAGGAAGCAGUUGGGAGCACCACUGAAUCACCUGUCCGCAAAACAGCCAGCCAGAGACGUUCCUGGCAGGAUUUAAUAGAGACACCACUGACAAGCUCAGGACUGCACUACCUUCAGACUCUGCCCCUUGAGGAUUCAGUGUUCUCUGACUCAGUCGUAAUCUCACCAGAACACAGGCGGCAAUCAACUCUUCCAACUCAAAAGUGCCACCUGCAGGAUCACUACGGUCCAUUUCCUUUAGUAGAGGGUGAGAAAAUGCAAGUGCUAAAUGGAAAUGGGGGAAAACCCCGGAGUUUUACUCUGCCUCGGGAUAGUGGGUUCAACCACUGCUGUCAGAGCCUUUCAGUUAGUGCCUCUGAUCACCAGGAAGAAGUGCAACAGAAAGAGGUAGAUGAGGAGGAGGAGGAGGAGGAAGGGAAAGCAACAGAAGAAAGCCAAGAAGAUAAAAGCUAAUGCACUGCGAGAGUUGAUAGAACCUCUCCAUGCCAAAUCGGAUCCACUUCUCUUGGCACUGAACCGAUUGGACUCAAAGAUUGAUAAACUAAUGAUUAGAGAAUUUAAAUCGGAAAGAAUUGGCACGACGGAGACUCAACUUCAGCCUCUUGCAAGCAACCUAAUGGCCUCCGUUCAGAAAGUUAAUCCUUCUUGAAUAACUUUGAUGUUUAUAAAAAAAGAACAGACUUUUUAAAGCAUAGAGAACCAAAUGCCUGGAUGUGGGGCUUCCAGGAAGGUGUUAAAGGGGCAGACCUAUUACCUGUUUUGAAGAAUGCACUCUUUCCACAAUGGGACUAGGCACAAAAUCAGAUCCAGUCUACAUGGAGCACACUUGCCCCCCCCUGCAUAGGAGAACUGAAGGGGAAGAGGGUCAUGGCAAGGGAAGGGCUCUGAUGACAUUCAGUUUUGUUCUGCAGACUUCAAGGAAUUAAAGAGGGAUCAGCCAUGGUAACUAUACAUUCUGUUGUUUUUUUUAUGGACUCCAGUGACUUCGCUCAGGCAAAACGGCGAGAGUAAUAUCAUUUCAUUUUCCUUGCAUUAGUGCAGGAAGUUAACUUGCUGUAUCAUACUAAAUUAAGCAUAUUCUACCAAGUCAAGGUGUUCAAACACUAUUCAGAGACUUGUCUCUACUUCUGAUUUAUAAUGAAUUAUCAGAGGGUGUGCUGAAACAGAUUUGGAUACUGAUGGAGAAGAUACCUCACGUUGAGAUUUAUUAGACUCUGCAGAUAAAAUCUUCAAUUCCUUUUUAUCUUCUAAGACUGACCUGUGAGCAAUGCCACCUCACAGACCAGGCAUAAAGUAUUCUCUGUAUAACAUUCAGUCUUCAUAGGGCUGUUUUUGGGGCCAGUAUUUGUCUGAAUGUCUCUCAAAGUAGAUUCAGAUAUUGUUAUUUAUCAUUAUGUUCUGGGUCCCUUAUGGGUUGAUGUUUGCCUCUAUCUCUGUGGUUAGAAUGUGGAUUUUCCUUUAUAUAUUUGGCUGAGGGUGUACUGUAAUAAUGUCAAUGCUAAUUACUUGAUAUUUCAUACUAUAUUAUGGAGAGAGAAUUUUAAAUAUGUAUUUUGAAAUGUUUUCUUUCUGUCCGCUCAAUGUAUGGUAUAGCAUUAUGUUAAUACCAAUAAAAUUAUAUAUAUAUAUAUAUAUAUAUAUAGUUUAUAUAUAUUUCCCUUUUAUAGAGAAGUUAUAUGCUUUUUUCCUCACAAACAAGAAUUGUGCAGUAAAUAAAAUUGCAUCUUUCUGCCUUACAGCAGCGAGAAAGUUAUAAUAGUUUUAAUAUGCCUUUUUUAGAGAAAAUAAAGAAGCUAUACAGUAUGGCAUAUGCUAGUUGGAAAUUAAUCAAAAUGCACCUUGUGUCUCCAUUUACCCUUAAUGGGCCUGUUGCAAAUCAGUCUAGAUAUUUUACAAUGUUAUUUUGGCCUCUCUUUAUUUUUCUCCAGUCAAGAAAUAUAAUUUGCCUAUUUUAGUAAAAUACUGCUCCUUAUUGUUUAUAAAAUUGUACCUUCAUAAGUUUUUGCCUGUUGGCCAAGCAGACCAAUUCACCAAGUUUGUAUCAAUCUUGCGUCCUUAAAAAUUGAUUUUUUUUUAAAUGUAAUUUACUGCUCUUUCCAGCACUUGGCAAAGGCAGAAUUCACAUUUUAUAUAAGGUUGCCUUUGAAGUGCUUGCCUCUGCCAGGGUUGAUAAAUCACUGCUAAGUACAUAAAGACUCUACAACCUGAAAGAUUUAUCAUUAAAAUCUUGCUGGAAUGGCCUCAAACCUGAACUGGUCCUUUACAUUCUGUCAUUAAACUCCAUAAUUAGUUACAAGUGAAAUGUUUUGGGAAUGAAUUAGAGGGCCAGAAGCAAAGAUAAGAUUCUAAACUAUCCUUUGGCUGCCAUUUUGGGUUCUACUGAUGGCUCAUUUACUGUUCUUUGCCAAAGGCCAGAAGAAGCUAAUGUAUCUGCACCACCAAACAUUAGAUCUUCAGCUUUCACUUUUUUUUUCUGUCUUACAGACAGUACUGAGUGAGUAUUACCAUUUUACAGAGGGAUUCACAAGGGCUGUAAUUAGCAGCCCAUGACAUUAAUUGCAUACGCACUUGUCAAAUAUUUUUCUGUACGUCUUGGAAAAAGUUUGGAAAAAGGCAGUUACCAUUUCUUUAAUGAAGACAGUUGAUUUAUUCAUGAGAGUCAGGGAUUUUUUUAUGGUAUUAUUUUGUGUUUAUUAUAAUAAAAAAAAUCCAGACUGACUGGAAUUUCCCAGAUUUGCUUCUGCAAAGGCAUUGUCUGUAAGGACUGUUGCUUCUUUUCUUGUGAGAACACACACAAAAAUACUCUUCCUAAUGUGGAUGUGGAACUGAUAUCUCUUCCAUGAUGUUUAUGUAUCAGUUCUGAGAGAAAACUUUGUUAUGUACACAAGCUACAUGCUUACAAGUUAUCUUGGCACUAUGACAUUUAAUGACAUAAGUAAUCCACAGUAAAGAGUACUAUGGUGUUAAA